UCAAGUGAAUGUCACACAACGAGCAAGUGUCGAUGCUUCUCAAAGUAACGGAAGACUCUCUCAGAUGUUUAGAUGAAAACAAAAAUUCAGGGUAGUUUUAGUGGCACUUUUGAGAAGGAGACGGGGAAUUUGAAGGAACGCUCGCUUGGAUAGAGCGACAAAGUGCGGCAAAAUCGAUGAUCACGAUGACAGCUCUUUAGUCGUUUGAGGAUAUGUGGUUUCCUUUGGCAGACUACUGCAGGUGAUUAUCGAUUCACCUUGAGUGCACUCGUCAAAUAUGGCGGACGAUUUAAAACUAACAGAACAAGAUUAUGUGAGAUUCGCAGAUGGAAAAGGAAGUCCAGCAGUCCAUUUAGAACGAAAUACAUCUAAUAGAAAUACGGUGACGCCCCUGAAUAUCACCAUGAAGGACCCUGAUCACUCGUUGGAGCUGGAUAAAAUACUUUUACCAAACGAGAAUUCGAAAGGAGAGCGACUUUGUCACGGAGCCCUGAAAAUGUUGUCUCGUGGUAAAGGCGCCAGCAUCUUCGAUGCCAUUAAACUAAAGGAGGCAGAAACUGGAGCUAUAGACAGGGAAUUACUAAGUGCCGAGGAUAACGAGGGUUUUACGUUGCUUCACCAUGCUUCACGAUGCAAUAAAGUUGAUGAGGUCAUCUGGCUAUUAAACAGGGGAGUUGAAAUCGACGCACCUGGAAAUAACGGGCUCACUGCACUCAAUAUCGCCGUCAGAAAUAAUUGCACAGAGGUUGUAAGAAUUCUACUUCAAAAAGGCGCAGACCCUUCAAUACCUGACGAAGAAAACGAGACGCCACUGCUUUUCGCUUCUCGGCGAGGGUACAAUGAAAUCGCAGCCCUUCUCCUGAAGGAUUCCAGGACUGAAGUAAACUGUGCUAACUCAGCAAAAUUUACGCCUUUCCAUGGCGCGAGUGGUGGCGGUGACCGUUCGCUUUGUGAAAUGCUCUUGCAGUAUGGCGCUGAUUUAUUUGCAAAAACUGGUAACCUGACGACUGCACUUCAUUUUGUGGCUUUCAACUCAAACGAAGACGUUUGUGAACUGCUCAUCUCCACAGCUAAGAAGAAAUGCCCGUCUGUGAGAGGCUUUUUGAAUGCUAAAGAUGUUGAGGACAGCACAGCCUUGCACGUAUGUUGUCGAAAGGGAGCUUCUAAAGUCGCAGAAUUGUUACUGCGUUAUGGAGCGGAUUAUGAAGCAGUUACCGGAGUGAACUUCAGCACUCCUCUCCAUCUCACCGCAAUGUAUGGCCACGAGGAAAUAACAAAGCUGUUACUUACUUGUGGUGCCGACAUUUCUAGUAAAGAUGGACAUUUGCAGACGCCUCUUCAUAGGGCUGCUGCGUUUAAUCAAGUGAAUGUAGUCAAAAUCUUGUUGGAUAGUGGAGCCGAUAAAGAGGCUAAAGAUAUGAUGGACAUGACACCAUUUUUGGGUGCUGUUGUUCAUGGAGCUAAGGACACAGCAGAGCUGCUGCUCAAUCAAGGAGCAAACGUUAUGGCUGUCGAUUCCGGGCACAACAGUUGUCUUCAUUUAGGCGUGAAACGCAAACAGCUAGAGAUUGUUAAAAUGCUGCUGGUUACUGAAGGAAGAGAAAAUCUGAUGAAGCUGAGGAAUAACGAGCUUCAAACUUUCGUGCAUAUUGCAGCUUCUCUCGAGCAAAAAGAGAUUCUUGAUAUCGUUCUGCGAGACGACUUCUGGUUAAGCCAAAGGGACUUGAAUGAAAGAAUUCCAUUACACAUUGCGGCAGAAAAUGGUUCACUGGAAUGUGUUCACUCUCUGCUGAGUUGCAAGGCGCUUUUCAUUUACGGAAACGACAGAGAUAAGGACGGAAUGAGUCCGCUCCAUCUCGCUGCUUUAAACAAGCACUUAGAAACUUGUGUUGUUUUGAUGUCUAAAGGAAGUGACGUAACCGCACUUGACAACCAACAGUGUACUCCACUUCAUCUAGCCGUCAAGGUUGGCUCAUUGGAAACUGUCCGACUGUUGUUGAGUCCUAUGUUGCCAAAUACACUUGAGGUUAAAGAUAAAGAUCAAAACACACCCCUUCAUGUGGCAGGAAUGCAUAAUCGAGUCGAAAUUUUAAAUUUUCUUUUGGACCAAGGAGCUGAUGUCACGGCUCGAAAUAGCAAGAAUAUGACUUGUCUCGACGAGGCUAUUGAGUGGAAUGCAAUUGAAGUGGCAGAAACACUCGUCAGGCAUAAAAGAUGGAAGGAGGUUUUGUGCGACACUCCUGUGGAUCAAAUUACACCUAUGGAAAAACUGAUAGAAAAGCUUCCGGGAGUAGCAGAGAUUGUUUUGGAUCAGUGCAUCAACUACAGCGACCUGCCAACUAAUCAUCCCGAUUUUACGGUCUCUUUCAAUUUCCUUCCUUUGGAUCCGGCUGCUGAUCCAACAGGUCAUCAUUACUUUUUCGGUCCAGCUUCCAUGGCAAAGUAUCGUCGAGAGAGUCUCUUGGAUCAUUGUGUGACGCAGACGCUUUUAAAGUGGAAAUGGCUUGUUCUAGGAAAGUAUGUUAGCUAUUUUAACUUCGCAGUUUUCAUCGCAUUUCUUAUAGUUUUUUCCGUGUUCAUCGUCCAGCAAAGAGACAAAGUGAACUUUUCAAGUGGCAAUGCAGUGACCGAGGCUGGCGAGGAUUCCAAGAGCCUUCCAGGAGUUAUCUUUGCGUUCUUGAUUAUAUCCUUGUUAAAAGAGAUAUUUCAGAUAUUUUGGCAGCGUCUUGGAUACUUUAAGGAUUACACAAAUUUGGUAGACCUAAGCAUGUAUUUGAGCACUUUGAUCUUUAUUCUACCUUAUUUGACCAACCAAGAGCUUUAUGGCGACGUUCGCGUGCAGUGGACUUUCGGAACGUUAGCCUUGUUGCUAUGCUACAGCAAUUGGUGUCUCUCUUUACGUCGCAUAACUUCCUUAUCGUUGUACAUAACCAUGUACAUCGAGGUACUGCAGACAUUUGUGAGGGUGAUCCUCAUCUUUGCCGUCUUGCUCUUGGGAUAUACAUUGGUCUUCUACGUUCUUUUAAAAGAAGAGGAUACCUUUUCAUCUGUUUGGGUUUCGAUGGCGAAAAUAUUUGUUAUGUUGUUGGGCGAAGUGGACUAUACUGACAUUCUGUCUGACAACGUGGUGAACAGCGCCAAAGUCCCGGGCACGAGUAACCUGUACGUUCCUCUACCGGUGCUGUCGUAUAUCUUAUUCAUACUGUUCGUGUUGUCAGUCUCCAUCGUCCUUAUGAAUCUCCUGGUCGGUCUGGCCGUUGGGGACAUAGACUCUAUUCAGAAGACAGCAACUCUGCGAAAUUUGAUAGAUCAAGCUUUGUUAGUGGACAGUAUACGAAAGAGAUAUCCGACGUGGAUGUUGAGACUAACUUACAAAGAAUACCUUGAGUUCAAACUGAAUCAGAACACGACUGUUAGGAGAUUUGUAUUUUCUGGUACGGGUCUCUCAAAUGAAGAUUUCCUGGAUAUCAUUGGCAAGAACGAAUCCAGCCAAAACGAAGUUGAAGGUGACUUAGAUGAGUAUGAUCGGCAUAGGAUCGAAAGACAAGAAGAACAAAUGAAGAGACUUCAAGCCACUGUAGAUGCUCAAAGCAAAGUACUCACAGCUAUAGCUAAUAAACUGGGGAUAAAUGAAUAACUAAACACAUAUUAAGUAAAUGCCAAUUUUAUCCGGACAAAUUCAAAUACGAAGAAGGACGCAUUAUGUCGUUUAGAGUGCAUUUCCCAAUCAUCAAUUAGAGAACAAUUGCUCUUUUGCUAACCAUGUUUGCAUGCCACGACAAUGUUUGUAAUUACAAUGUCAGAAUCAGUUUUAAUAUAUUUUAUGAUAAUUAAAGAUAAGUGAAUCAAAUAAUUGA